ACAUUGCAUCAAAAGAUGGAAGAAGGUGACAAGGAGUAGGCCUAGUGUAGGCUAAAUGGUGUAUUUUAAAAGCAUAUUCUAUUCCUGACAUUAUAUUAAAAUUUCCAAGACUAAUUGAUCAAGCAGGUAAUGGUUAAAGUAGCUGUUCUGGGUUGUGGAAUUCUAGGCACCAAAAUAGCUGGUUGCCUAGCAUACCAUGGGCACUUGGUGAAGAUUUAUGACAAUGAUGCGAGGGCCUUGGAUGCUCUUUAUACAAAUCUUGAAAGUGACAAGGAAGAUCUCAAGAAAGAUGAAUUGAUGGUUCAGAGGCAGUUCCUAGGACAGGUGCUGUGUAUGGGACGUUUAGAAGAAGCUGUCCAAGAUGCAGAGUUCAUUUUUGAAGCAGUUAUUGACAAUAUGGAAGUCAAGAAGGAUUUAUUAGAAAGAACGUCCCAUCUGUGCAGCUCAUCAACAAUCAUUGUUACAAACACACUCUAUUUAGAUGUCAAUGAAAUUGUCGAAAGGGUUGCAUACAAAGAGAGAACAUUAGGUUUGCGUUUUUUGCAUCCAGUAUAUGCAAUUCCCGAAGUGGAGAUCACAAUGACUAGGAUGACGUCCACAGAGGUGCUAGAAAAAGUGAAAUUAUUCCUUGAGAAGAUGGGUAAAACAUUGUUUUUUCGUUCCGGUAAAGAACCACUGAUACUUACACCUCAACAAAUUGAAUCUCGCAAAAUAGCACGUAGAGAACAAAUUCGCAGGCAACAAGGUUUGCCAGGACUUCUGACAGUAGCCUUGCCGCAGUUAGGCCACGACGGCAACAUGGUUCCAAAUCAAGAUGAUGAAUUUGCUUCUCCCACAAAUGACCGUGAUUGUGCAAUCUGUAUGGAUCGGCUUCGCAACUGUUUACUCUGUCCGUGUCAUCACAUGGUUACGUGCAACGAAUGUGCUAAAAUGCUAUUCAACCGUAAAGACUACUGCCCUGUGUGUCGUAAAUCCAUUUUGGAGAUCAUUCGUGUCUACACUUCGUAGGACAAGAACUGUUAUCUCUUUCUUUAUUGUUAUUGGCAGAGUGAGUGAUGAUUCAUCAUUUUCUAAAUCUGGUACGUGAUGUUGAGGGGCAGAUGAUUUAUCACUGUACAUUAUCAUCUUACAAUAUUUGUGUAAUAUUAAUUGCAAAAGAAACUUUUGCAAGUAUUUUAGAUACUGUAUAUUUUAGAUAUUUUAUUUUAUUUAUUGGUAUUUCAUCAAACAGCACAAACACACAAGUAAACAUAUACAAUUCAUUACAUCAACUCCUAGAUAAUAGCCCUUUCCGGAGUGUCAAUCAAACUUAACAACUGAUUAAUCGGAACAACGCUAGAAAUACGCGCGCGUCUCACAAACACACGUGUUGUCCCACAAAUGCAUGUGUUCGCGUAUGUUUUAACACUGCCGUCUUUUGGGACCUUAGCAACAAAAUCCAAGGGGCGGAGCUUAGCGGAAAGGUCUAUUAUUUAAAAUAUUAACUAAAAUUAUAACAGUGAGUUUAAGCAGUGUAAGGGAAAGGGUAUAUUUCCCCCAAUUAGACAAACCAGCAAAGUAAGUCUGCGCAGUCUUGUACAUAAAUCACACAAGAAAAAAUGCUACACACAUCCCUUGUUAGGGAAAUCUUAGCUUGCGUCUACUCUUAAAUUUGGGUUCAUGUGAAUGUCUAUUUGUAUGAAGUUAGCAUGCAUCCCUUGUAAUAUUUAUGUAAGGAAAACAGACUGAGGUAUGUAACACUCAUGACCAAUAUUUAGCAAGGAUCUUUGCUUAUGCUCAAAGGGUGCAGCUUAUAUUCAUUUGGUCACAUAAGCUCUUUUUACUGCCUACAUAUAAAUUGUACUGUACAAGCAUGUAUUCACUUGCGUCCGUCCCAUUGGAAUAUUUUAUCUCAUGAAUUGGAUAUUAGACUAUUUUUUUCUAAAAUCAAUUCAAAAUUUUGUCCUAAAUCAUCAAUAUCAUGUAAGGGAAGGAAAACAAAAACAAUGGUGCUCAUUAUAUACUGGUAAUAGAUUGUCUAGAUUACAAAAAUAAUUAAAUUAAAAAAUGCUACAAAAAUAUGAUUUUUUUUCU